AUGGCUGAGCAGCAGCAACAAAUCCCGACCUUCAAGCUCGUCCUUGUCGGCGACGGUGGUACUGGCAAGACCACCUUCGUCAAGCGCCACUUGACUGGCGAGUUCGAGAAGAAGUAUAUGGCCACUCUGGGUGUCGAAGUGCACCCUCUUGGCUUCACCACCAACUUCGGUCCCAUCCAGUUCGAUGUGUGGGACACUGCUGGUCAGGAGAAGUUCGGUGGUCUACGUGAUGGCUACUACAUCAAUGGCCAGUGCGGUAUCAUCAUGUUCGAUGUGACAUCCCGCAUCACCUACAAGAACGUGCCCAACUGGCACCGUGACCUGACCCGUGUUUGCGAGAACAUUCCCAUCGUUCUCUGCGGCAACAAGGUCGAUGUCAAGGAGCGCAAGGUGAAGGCCAAGACCAUCACCUUCCACCGCAAGAAGAACCUCCAGUAUUACGACAUCUCGGCCAAGUCCAAUUACAACUUCGAGAAGCCCUUCCUUUGGCUCGCCAGGAAGCUGGUUGGCAACCCUGCUCUGGAGUUCGUCGCUGCUCCCGCGCUUGCGCCCGCUGAGGUGCAGGUUGACCAGAACCUCCUGGCUCAGUACCAGGCUGAGAUGGAGGAGGCCGCUAAGGCACCUCUUCCUGAUGAUGAUGACGACCUCUAA